CACUGCGCGCCCGCUUCGCCCGGGGCCCACCAUGUCUGCUGCAGCUUGGCUGGCGCCCGCGGCCCGGCCAUAAACAAGCGCGCUGGACGGGGCCCGGCGCCCGCGCCUGGGCAGACGCCUCGGAGACCCCCGCGCGGCUCCGCGCGUCCCCACCUGCUCUGCGCCAGCCGGGGAAGACGCGACUUUCUCUGAGUUUUUUGGAGCCGCGGGGCUGCUGGGACACGCCACAGGCAUAGAACCACGCCGCUCCUGCCCCCCCAGGCACCCCAAAGGAUGGCAGAGAGAGAGUUCCAAAUAAUGACGACCGUGCACCGCAGCUAGGGAAGGGAGAGCGAAACCCCCCUGCAAACAGCAGCCAAGAGGAUGCGGGAGCCGUGCGGAUCCUAAUUACGGGCCGCGGCGGCUGCGGCGGGCUCGGCGCGGGGACAGCGGCGUCGGCUCCCGGCCGGGGGGUCGCCGCCGCGCGGGAGGCGCAGGACCGAGGAAGGCGCAGGAGCCGCAGCCUCCGCGGGAGCAGCCGAGGGGCCGGUGCCACCUUCACGCGCCCCCUCACUACCAUGUACAGUGUGCGCUGCAAGAAGAAGGCGGGCGAUGCAUGCACACCCCCGCGCCCCGCUCCCUCUGGCUCGGCCCCGGGCGUGCGCCGCUGACCAGGGGGGAAUGUGGUGAACGCGGCGAGGAGCCCCGAGGGGGGAGGGGAGGGUCCGCCGGCCGGCGCGAGCCCAGGCCGGAGGGCGCGAGGAGCCGGGGGCGGCUGGAGCCGGCGGCGGGCGCUACGGCUUGGAGAAAGUUCCCCCCGAUGCAGAUGGCAACUGAGGUAAAAUGCACACUUGCUGCCCCCCAGUAACUUUGGAACAGGACCUUCACAGAAAAAUGCAUAGCUGGAUGCUGCAGACUCUAGCGUUUGCUCUAACAUCUCUCGUCCUUUCGUGUGCAGAAACCAUCGAUUAUUAUGGGGAAAUCUGUGACAAUGCAUGUCCUUGUGAGGAGAAGGACGGCAUUUUAACUGUGAGCUGUGAAAACCGGGGGAUCAUCAGCCUUUCUGAAAUUAGCCCUCCCCGCUUCCCAAUCUACCACCUCUUGUUGUCUGGAAACCUUUUGAACCGACUCUAUCCCAAUGAGUUUGUCAAUUAUACUGGGGCUUCAAUUUUGCAUCUGGGUAGCAACGUUAUCCAGGACAUAGAGACCGGGGCUUUCCAUGGGCUGCGGGGUUUAAGGAGAUUGCAUCUCAACAACAAUAAACUGGAACUUUUGCGUGAUGAUACCUUUCUUGGCUUGGAGGGCCUGGAGUACCUACAGGUCGACUACAAUUACAUCAGUGUCAUUGAACCCAAUGCUUUUGGGAAACUGCAUUUGCUGCAGGUGCUGAUCCUCAAUGACAAUCUCUUGUCCGGUUUACCCAACAAUCUUUUCCGUUUUGUGCCCUUAACCCACUUGGACCUAAGGGGGAACCGGCUGAAACUUCUGCCCUAUGUGGGGUUGUUGCAGCACAUGGAUAGAGUUGUGGAGUUACAGCUCGAGGAAAACCCCUGGAAUUGCUCCUGUGAGUUGAUCUCUCUCAAGGAUUGGUUGGACAGCAUCUCCUACUCAGCCCUGGUAGGGGAUGUGGUUUGUGAGACCCCCUUCCGCUUACACGGCCGGGACUUAGACGAGGUGUCCAAGCAGGAACUUUGUCCAAGGAAACUUAUUUCGGACUACGAGAUGAGGCCGCAGACGCCUUUGAGCACCACCGGGUAUUUACACACCACUCCUGCCUCGGUGAAUUCCGUGGCCACUUCCUCCUCUGCUGUUUACAAACCCCCAUUGAAGCCCCCUAAGGGGACUCGCCAACCCAACAAGCCCAGAGUGCGCCCCACCUCUCGGCAGCCCUCCAAGGACUUGGGCUACGGCAACUAUGGGCCCAGCAUCGCCUACCAGACCAAAUCUCCGGUGCCUUUGGAGUGUCCCACCGCGUGCACUUGCAACCUGCAAAUCUCGGAUCUGGGCCUCAAUGUCAACUGCCAGGAACGCAAGAUCGAGAGCAUCGCUGAGCUGCAGCCCAAGCCCUACAACCCCAAGAAAAUGUAUCUUACGGAGAAUUACAUUGCGCUCGUGCGCAGGAGCGACUUUCUGGAGGCCACAGGGCUGGAUCUCUUACACCUGGGGAACAACCGCAUCUCCAUGAUCCAGGACCGGGCCUUCGGGGAUCUCACCAACCUGCGGCGCCUCUACCUAAAUGGCAAUAGGAUCGAGAGGCUGAGCCCAGAGUUGUUCUAUGGUCUGCAGAGCCUGCAGUAUCUCUUCCUCCAGUACAAUCUCAUCCGUGAGAUUCAGUCCGGGACUUUUGAUCCCGUCCCAAACCUCCAGCUGCUAUUCCUUAACAACAACCUCUUGCAGACCAUGCCCUCAGGUGUCUUCUCAGGCCUGACCCUCCUCAGGUUAAACCUGAGGAGUAACCACUUCACCUCCUUGCCGGUGAGUGGAGUUCUGGACCAGCUGAAGUCACUCAUCCAAAUCGACCUGCACGACAACCCUUGGGAUUGUACCUGCGACGUGGUGGGCAUGAAGCUGUGGGUCGAACAGCUCAAAGUGGGUGUCUUGGUGGACGAGGUCAUCUGCAAGGCGCCCAAGAAGUUCGCGGAGACCGAGAUGCGCUCCAUCAAGUCCGAGCUGCUGUGCCCGGACUACUCAGACGUGGUAGUUUCCACGCCCACGCCCUCCGCCAUCCAGGUCCCGGUAAGGACCAGCGCGGUGACCCCCGCCGUGAGGCUGAACAGCACCGGGGCUCCCGCGGGCCUGGGCGCGGGCGCAGGUGCCUCGUCGGUGCCCUUGUCGGUGCUGAUCCUCAGCCUGCUGCUGGUCUUCAUCAUGUCGGUCUUCGUGGCCGCGGGGCUCUUCGUGUUGGUGAUGAAGCGCAGGAAGAAGAACCAGAGCGAUCACACCAGCACCAACAACUCCGACGUGAGCUCCUUCAACAUGCAGUACAGCGUGUACAGCGGCGCCGGCGGCGCGGGCGGCCACCCGCACGCGCACGUGCACCACCGCGGGCCCGCGCUGCCCAAGGUGAAGACGCCCGCGGGCCACGUGUACGAGUACAUCCCCCACCCGCUGGGCCACAUGUGCAAAAACCCCAUCUACCGCUCCCGGGAGGGCAACUCGGUGGAGGAUUACAAAGACCUGCACGAGCUCAAGGUCACCUACAGCGGCAACCACCACCUGCAGCAGCAGCAGCCAGUGCCACAGCCGCCGCCGCCGGCGGCCCAGCAGCAGCCCCAGCCGCAGCUGCAGUUGCAGCCCGGGGAGGAGGAGAGGCGGGAAAGCCACCACUUGCGGAGCCCCGCCUACAGCGUCAGCACCAUCGAGCCCCGGGAGGACCUGCUGUCGCCGGUGCAGGACGCCGACCGCUUUUACAGGGGCAUUUUAGAACCCGACAAACACUGCUCCACCACCCCCGCCGGCAACAGCCUCCCGGAAUACCCCAAAUUCCCGUGCAGCCCGGCUGCCUACACUUUCUCCCCCAAUUAUGACCUGAGACGCCCCCAUCAAUAUUUGCACCCAGGGGCAGGGGACAGCAGGCUGCGGGAACCGGUGCUCUACAGCCCCCCCAGUGCUGUCUUUGUAGAACCCAACCGGAACGAGUAUCUGGAGUUAAAAGCAAAACUAAACGUUGAGCCGGACUACCUCGAAGUGCUGGAAAAACAGACCACAUUUAGCCAGUUCUAAAAGCAAAGAAACUCCCUGGGAGCUUUUGCAUUUCAAACAAACAAGCAAGCAGACACACACGGGGAACACAUUUGAUUAAUUGUGUUGUUUCAACGUUUAGGGUGAAGUGCCUUGGCACGAGAUGCUCAGCUUGGGCGGAAGAUACUGAAAGGAUGUGCAGUUUCCUUUUAAUUUUACACGUGGGAAACAUUUGUGUAAACUGGGCACAUCGCUUUCUCUUCUUGCGUGUGGGGGAGGAGAGAAGGGCUUUACGGAGGGCAAUUUGCUGCGCGGGUGACUUGUUAAAGGUCGCGGUCAUUUUUGUUGUGCUUGGAAGUGCUAAGAGUGGUGGGAGCUGGCAGCGCAUAGAUUCUGAUCUUCCUCUUUGGCUCCCCCCCUCCCUCCCCCUCUAAGCCAUGGGUGGGUCUAAAUGGCUAUUGUGGAGAGAUUAGCACACCCCAACUUUACUAGAAAGUUUGUUCUCUCUCUCUCUCUCUCCCUCCCCAACUUCCCUGUCUCUUUUUCUGCCCCCACCCUCCUCAUUUACUUUCCUUUCUUUUUAAAGGAUGUGUUUGUAUGCAUUCUGGACAUUUGAAUUCAAAAACAAAAGUAUUGUGAUCUUGGGAAAGAUCGCCGUAGAUGUGGACAAAUCAUUAAAAUUACAGAGCUAUAUGAUCCAUAAUUGAUUAGUCAAAAUAACUUAUUGAUGAAAUAUACAAAUAUUUUAUUGUAGCACCUAUUUUUAUAUGCACAUUUAGCAUUUCUCUUUCCUUCACUAUUUAGCCUAUGAUUUUCACAGAGGUGUCACAUUCUAUUGGGAAAUGCUUUUCCAAAACUUAAGUGAUAGCAGGAAGGCAUUUUUAAUCGUUAAAAAUAUGGAGAACGUAAUGGCUAAAUCUUAAAGCCAAUUCAACCCACCCAAUUGAAUCUGUAAUUAAAAAAUAAAAUUGAUUGUAUCCCAAUGUAUAAAUGGAAAAAAAUAGGGCAAUUAAUUGGGUCAUUUGAGUGAGAAUCAUGUGCAGGUUUUGGGUUUUACUAGAAAAGAUUUAAAGGUAUUUUUAUUAGUCAACCAAAAUGAUGUAUUGAUUUGACUACUAUUGUAGCCAAGUUUUGAUUGUUUAACCAAACCCAGUUGCAUUUGUACAGAUCCACGUGUACUGGCACCUCAGAAGACCAAAUGAUGGACUGUACAAAUCUCUUUACAAUGUCUUCAUCCCUCUGGGCAGCAAGCAAUGAUGAUAACCACAAACAGGAUCUCUGUAAGAUGGGGCUACUGUUGUUACAGUCUCAUAUGUAUCCCAGCACAUGUAAUUUUUUAAAUAGUUUCUGAAUAAACACUUGAUAACUAUGUCAAAUAUGAGGGAUUGAAGUAAUGAUUACUUAAGGUACAAAAGAAUUAACGUGUGAUUGAUGAAUAUUAUUAACAAUUCAGGACAUACUAGCCUAACAUCCCUAAUAGAAAAACUUUCCCCCUAAUUAUCACAUUUAAAAAAACAUGUGUAUAUAAUGAUGCCUUUUCUGGUUCAGGGAACUAUGUCUUUCUACAUAUGUCAUUUAAUGUGUUUAUUAAUGACAUUUCAACUGUAUGCUUUGUUUCCUUAUUGAAGUAUUCACCUAGUACAUGGAACAUGGUAAGUAAUACAUUGCAUAUUCUUUUUCUCUCAAUAUUAUGUAUUUUGUCAUGACAAUAUUAUUUAUUCAGUCUAUAAUUUUCCAUAGUUUCCACGAGUUAACUGUGUAAAGCUACCUUCAACAGUUUACCACAGAUAAUUUAUCUCAAGUUGAUCUAGAUACUAAAUGUUCAAAAUAUUGGUGGGUAUAAACUUUUCACCUCUGAGUAAGCUUUGCCAGAGAAUGGCAAUGAAUGCUUAAAGGUAGGAAAUAUUUCAGCUAGUCUGAAACUUAGAGUCAUAUAUUUUAUUGCUAGUGGUGAAUCGUCCCAUACUCUCACUUGAGAUGUGUACAGUAUCAAGGGCUGUCCGUGAACUUUAUAUUUAGGAACACUUUCCGUGGCAUUCUGCCACAAAGAGGCAGCAUUCACCCAUGAGUAAGUUGACAGUAACUGCUUGAAUUCAGAUUGAACAGGUGGUAACAGAUUCCCUGAGGAAUUAAAAAAAAAUAGUGAUGUUACAUCAGCCAAGUGAAGUAAACUAUCCCCAUUGUGUGCAAUGUUUUUCCUUCCAAGAAUUCUUUAUCCAAAGGGGAAAAGAAUAGGCUUAAUGUCAUGAUAUUAUCAUAAAAAAAUAAAAGUCUCUUGCUCUUCAUCUACCUCCUCCAUAUUAAAUCCAGGAUUAGAAAAGGAGAAUAAACACUAGCAUUUUGACUUCACAAGUGCUGUUGCUAUUAUUUUUUUCUUCACAAUGGGAAUUAUUUUUCUUUUAAAAAUGUCAAAAUCACUUCAAUAUUAUUACAUGUAGAUAUGGCCGUGUUGUAUAAAUUAUAAAAUAUAAGGCAAAAUGGAAUCCUCCACGUAGUAUGUAGGUUUUACUUCUUAAUGGAUGUAUAAAAUGUCAGAGAGAAGAAUUACAGGAAAUUAAGUAGUUCUGGAAAUAAGUAGCUUCCAGAGAAAGUUUGAUGCUGUGUUUUCAAAGAUUAACAAAAUAAUGAUAUUAUUUUCAAACCAGUUCUAUUUUUACAUAAUCUUGUCACAUACACUCUUAUUUGGAGAUUCACUUCAAUCUCUACUCUCCCUGGGGUGGCCAACAUAUUUUUAAUCUCAAAAAUAGCAAUUAUAUAAUUUAUGAAAAGAGGAUACUUCUAAAUUUUAAAUUAUUUUUCCAACUGUAUUAAGGAUAAAAGUAAACUUAUUCUUGCUCUAGUAAAUUUUUUAAAAAGUUCACAUGUAGAAUCAUGAAACUGUAUUGAAUUUAAAAAAUGAAUUCUUUUUCUCCUGGUACAUGAUUCCUGACAAUAUAUUAACAUAUACAGCCAGAAAUAAUUUGUAUGGUUUUGAAGGUUUGAAUUUUGGUUUUCUGGUUGUUCAGUGAGUAAAUAAUUAAGUUGGGUAUAUCAGUGAUAUAUGAUUGGAUUGAGGAACCCUGCAAAUUCUCUUCACAGAAUUUGGGGAACAACAAUACGUAAUGUUUCAGGCAUCAAUUAAAAUUUGGAUGCAAACUAAGCUUGUUCUCUGCGCUUGUUCUAUUUGAUAUUUUGCAUAACGUCAUGCAAAUAUAUUCCAGGUAGAUAUUACAAAAUAUCACUUUUAUCUAAGUAUGAUUAUAGUGUAAAUACUUAAAGUAUCUCAGAAGUAACUUUAUUCCAUGUAAAUAGAUACUUUAUAUGCAAAUUUUCAAAUUAUUUUAUAGCUAGACUAAUGAUGGAAGUUAUAAAUCAAUCAAUUUUCAUAUAAAUAUAUUUGGAACAUAUCUUUUGCUUAGACAUGAUUAUUAACUUUACCAAUUUUGGCAUAUAUGCUGAGUAUCCAAGUCUGUCCCUCACCACCUUUCUCUCAACCUACAUAAGAAAGUCAAAUUAAUGUGUGUGAUGAAAAGAUCCACACAUAAUGUGGAAAUGGCUAGAACUUAAUAAGAAGCUAAUCUAAGGCUGGUUUCUUACCCUAUAUCAUUAAUUCUAUUCUUUUACAAAGAUGUUGUUAGAAAAUUAUUUAAUUUAAAUAAUUUAAUUUGAAUAUGCACAACUGUCUUUCUCUACACUAUUUUUCUGACUCUCCUCUUUUUUUUUCCUUAUGUCUCCCAGUGUCUUCCCCCUUUCUCCUUAUCCUUUCUCUUCAUUAUUUUUCAGUGGGGCAAGGAAAACAGUGAGAAUAGUUCAGUCCUUGUUUGAAAUGCCAACAACUAGCUACUUUAUUUCAAGAGCUCAAUAGAUUGUUCCCAAUUCAUACAAUGCCAGAGAAAUGAAAGUAAAGCAGAACACAAAUAUCCUUCCAAUUCAUUUGGAAAUAUGCACUUGUUGCAUUUUUCAAAUUUUCCAAAUUAAGAUUUUUGCAGGGAUAGGAAAAUAUGUGGCAUACUGAGAAUGUUAAGGCUUAAUAUUAUACUGAGAAAAGGAACAAAAGAACUGAUCUAAAUGCUAGAAGCCAGGAGCAUUUAAUUAAUUGAUUUUCACAGGUAAUAAAAUACUACAAAGGUAGUAAUUAAAUUGUUAUCAGAUAAACUUUAAUUUAUGGAUAACAUUCCUAAAACCUCUUGAAGUUCUCCACUAUUUUACAAAAACAAAUAUAUGAGAAUAUAACUAAAGUAGUUGGAUGGACAUAGUCAUGUGCCUAAAUAUAGUUUUCUAACAUCUAUAUCAAAAGUAACCUUAUAUCAAUUAAUAUUGCAUUUGACAUGUAUGCAUUUAAUUCAACUCGACUCCUUUCUAUAACUAUCCAUGUAUAUUUCAAUCAAUAUCUAGCAUGAUUUUAGCAUACAAAAAUAAGUAUUAUCAAAGAGUGUUGCAUACUCAUUUUUCAUUGAGUUCUUUAUAUUUCAAUUCAUUAAAUAUUUCAAAUUAUACUUUCACGUUCAAUGCUGUAGGCAUGUUAGAUUAGAAAAAGAUAAUUUUAUGCCACACAGUGUGAGUGUGACAUUAAUAUAAUACUAUUAUUCCCUCUGUUUAUAACAGAUCAUCUGGCUGAUAACAAAUAGGUCAAAUGUUUCUCAUGGUACCAGUUAAUAAAAUUAAUAAUUUUUAUUCUCCUUAAAAGAACAUUUAAUUUUAAUUAAGUUUGAGUGAUUUUGAUUAUUUCUUACAAGACUUGUGAAAAUCAAAGCGUAAGUAUUUCUAGAGAAUUGGUGUAAAUAUGAAAUUAUUUCAUUUUCUCAUUUCAAAAUAAAAAUGUAGUGAUAUAUUACAUACUGUUAAGUAUAUCAAAUACAUUCUUAGUAGAUAUUAGUGAAGUUAUUUUAUAGAAGAAAAGUAAUAGCCAUAGUGGUAUGUUGAAUGGAUAUCUUCCAGUGUGUGUUUUUUUUUUUUAAUUAGGUAUCUUUUAUCAGUGAACAUGAAGGAAUAUUGUUUAUUUCACCGAUAAAUAAACAUGUAGAUGUUUCAAAAUUACACUUAUUUAUGAAAGUGGAAAAUAGGAAACAAUGUUUUCAAGGACGAUUAUUUGUUAAUUUAACAUGCAGAAAUGGAAUGUGACUUUCUUUAUUUGACAUUCAUUAAUAUUUUGGUUUGCUUUCAACAAAGUUAUUACAGAUCAUUUUGUUUUAGGAAAUAUUUUCUAAAUAUCAUGAUCUAAAUUCAACUUUAUGAUACUUCAAGAUGGAAUAGUAUAUAUGCAAGUAACAAAUUUCAGUUACUUUUCAGUAUUCUCGUAAAUACAUAGCUUAGAUUUUCUUAUAAAUUGAUUUCUACAACUAGUAAUAGUGUCUUAUGUUCCCAACUAACACAAUUUUUAAAUUCUUAUGGUAUGGUUCAUUAAAAACAAAACUUAAAUUAGAUAUUGAAACCAAAAUUGCUAUAUAUUUUCAGUUUGUUAUUAGGUCUUGCUUAUUUAAAACUUGAAGGGUACCAUUAAUCUUAUGUUAAGUGAUUAAAAUAAUUUCUUUGUCAGUUAUAACAAUGAAAACUUUAAUUAACAUAUUUUACCCAUGAGUGGUUCAUCAUGCUCUUACAGAGCAAAAUUUUAAAUAUUAAAUAUAACCACCAAAUAUAGUUUACCUACAUGGAUAUACCUAUUUAAAUUAUCUGUAAAAAAUCAUGCUUUUAACUUUAAAAUAAAAGAGUAAUUUUGCUUUACUUAAGUUCAAAUUCAGAAGGGUAUUUCACUUAUGGCAAUCCUAAUAAUGGGAAGCUCAUAAAUCUUAAAUUUAUUAAAAUCCUGAGUUUUAACAUCAAGUUUAAACUUCCGUAGGAACAUAUAUUUCUUUUGUUACCGAACUCUGUUUUGGCUAAUGUCCUAUUAAAGUGUACAAAUACAUAUAGUGAAUUUCUUUCAUGUUUUCAUUUUUGCUUGACAUUUUAGGGAGCAAAUAUUAAAAUGUACAGUUAUAAACCAGCACUUGUUAAUUGUAAAUUAACUUUUGUUUCAUUCAAACAGUAUCCCUCAAAUUUAUAAUCAUCCUCCGAUUUUUAAAGCUGGUGAAUAGUAUAUUUACAUAGGUGCCUCCAAAUGUGAACUUUGAGAUAGAAGUUACUCAUACACAUCAGAGAAUACAUAAUAUCAUUUACCAUAGUGUCAUUAAAAUCAACUGAUUUUUUUGUUGCUUGCUUAUGAUUAAAAACCCUAAGUCUUAGAUGAUA